CAUUGCCAGAAAAGGAUGGCAAGAUAAAAGUAAAUCUCAUAUAUAGUGAGGAGUAUUGGAAUACUAAGACCAUAUUUUGUUUCCGUAAAUAACGUUCAUAGCACUCGUGAAUAUUGAGAUAUUUAUAAAUGUGUAUGAUAAAGUGGUUAUUUAAUUUGUUUAUUUAUUGAUGAAAUUCAUACGCAUAAUUCCAUUGUGUAUAAUGUUACGUUUGACUAGAUACUGUAACAUAUCUAUUUCUAAUAGAAAUGUUAUACCAAUUGUCAUUAAUACUUAUUAUAUAUUAAAUAACCAAACACAAUAACGUACUUUGUAAUAUAUCUUCAGUUUUGAAAAAUGGAAAAGGUUUACAGUGAUAUUUCUUACAAAAUAAGCGUUCUUUUGUUCUUUGGAUACUUUCUGACUUUAUCAUGUCAAUUAGAGUGUGAUCGUCGGAUUUAUUGUCAUGAUUGGCAGAUUGAUUCUCAGGAGACAUGCUGUUAUUUAUCUGCCGGAGACAAUUGUAAUAAUGAUUCCCGACGUCUUUGUGAUUUUGAAAUGGGAUAUAAUUGUGAUUUUGGAAAAUGUACUGGUAAAUACAACUUAUCAGUUACAUUUGUCGAUGACACGAGUAUAAAUCUAACAUGGUCGCCAUUCUUGCCUAGUGGUAGCAGAUAUAAUUAUACAGUAUUAUAUUCUACAGAGUUUCAGACAGAUCCUCUAAUGUAUAGCUCUCAUUUGGUAGGAACUAAAAGCGGUUACUCAUUACAGUGGUUGACCCCAGGAAUAUGGUACUUUAUUAGGGUAGGGGUAUGGGCGGGGCAAGCGUACAAAAACCUCACUGAGGUUGUGAUGACCAAAACUAAAGCCACAGAUCACUGUUUGUAUAAUGGGCGGCGUGUGCCAGUAGGGGAACAACUCAUUGUGGACUGCGAGGAAUCGUGUUACUGUUCGAACACCGGCCGGUUCCAUUGUGUACCUGUGUGCUCAAAACAACAUCCUAAUACACGUGCAUGUUCAGACAUAGAAGCACGUGAAAAUUGUUGUGACCUCGUUCAGCAUUGUUCAUAUGAUACUUGUACAUAUUUGGGGAAACCCGUGCAGCACGAGUAUUCUUGGGUAAUAGACUGUGCUGAGAAUUGCACGUGCUACGACGGUUCGGUCACGUGCGUGCCACUUUGUGCUGACGUCAUGGUUCCCGAAAACUGCUCAAAUCCAGUUCUUACAAAGUCAGAAGAUGGAUGCUGUGACGUGUACGAGUGUCACGAACUUGAAAACGUGUGCGAAUAUUUGAACGUAUCACAUAGAGUAGGAACUUGGUUUCAAAGAGACGACUGUGAUAUUUGCACGUGCACGCCUUCAAGGGAGAUAAAGUGUGUAAACCUAAGUAGAUGUACCGCCGCAGCACUGCCAGAACCAUCAGUGACAUGCCCUGAUCCAGCACCGAUUGACAACCAGUGCUGUAACCAGAUUAUCUGCGAUAAACAAUCAGAAGACAGUGAUGUUCUUACUUCGUACACAAUCACAAAGUACCCAGUUUCCUCUAGUAUCUUAGUCCGCUUCCAGUUCAUCUCAACAAAGAUCGAGCUAUCCGCCGUACAAAUGACGUUGUUCUACACAAGUGACGUCAACAAUAUCAACUUUACAAGCUGGGCGUCAAACGUCACUGUUAAAUUUAGUGAUGUCAUAAACACGUCAAGUGAUACGCUCGAGUUUAGAGAUUUUGGAAAACCAUACGUUUUGUACAGUGUUGAUAAAAACUACUUUCUAGUGAUUCCAAAACUUUUCAAGAAUAUAUAUUAUUACGUUAAACUAAAAAUAGAUUUUGAUAGAACACAACGAGCUAUCCCAGAAUACAUUUCCGAGACGAAAGUCGUACAGAUUCCAGGCUUACACGUGGGUGCUCCAAACCACCUAAUGACAAGAACACAUAAGGUUUAUUUUACAGCAAUAAACUCGUCUUCAAACAGUGCCUUUGUAUCGUGGACACUUUCUGAAUCUCUACUAAAUAACAUAUCAUCGUUUGUCAUCCAAUAUAAGCCGUUUAGCAGGGCAGAUUGGCAAUAUACAGAACGAGUGAUAUUCUCAGAUACCAAUAUAAUGCUAAAGUGUUUAUAUCACUCGAGUUGGUACGAGGCGCAGCUCAUUGCGCAUCCAGGAGAGCGUCGCUUAGCAACCACGUUCUUCAAUACGUCUUCCAUUAAAGAAGUAUCAAACUCAAAAUAUUCUCUGUCACUCAAUGUAUCCAUUCGGGCAUCUUCUAUUAUUAUGGCGUGGAAUCGUCUUCCCAAUAAAAUUGCAGCAGACGUCAAUAAUAUAGAAAUUCUUUGGACUCGUUCUCACAACGAGGAUACUCUUCUUAAAUCAUGCGUGUCGGCCAACAGCGACACCUAUGUUUUGCAGGAUCUGAUACCUGGCUGUAUAUACACGGUAUGGCUGGGAAUAAGCCGCAAAGACGGAACCAUCACCUUUACCAAUCGGAUGCAUUUUGUAUCAUUGCAUCAUUAUAGUAAGUGGCAAUAUUCAAAACAUUCCGAGAAUCAGCAUAGUAUUGUCGUUGCCAUCACUGUGGCAUGUGUGUCACUUGUUGCCAUGGUGGUUGCCAUAGCAACGGUGAUAUACCUUCUCAAAUGUAAACACAGAGCGUCUUAUUUGGAACACACGUCAUUUGAAAACAGAAUAUUUCAGAUUUACGAUAAUAAGGAGGGUGAAUUAUGAUUAAUUAUGGUCGUGAAUUAUGAUAAAAUAUGACAUAAGAAGUAUAGCUCGUGCAUAAAGAACAGUCAUAUGAUAUUCAGCUAUAAACUUCAGCUUUUA